AUACACUCACUCAGACUCCUGCAGUCACUUUAGAGUCCAGCCACCAGAGCAAGAGACACACACACACAGAGACACACACACACAGAGACACACACAGAGACACACACACAGAGACACACACACAACAGUUCACCUGAACAUCCACAUUAUCGUCGAGAUGAAGAAGAACAACAUGAACAGAGAGAACAGGAAGACCACCGUCCCUGCCCUGCAGGAGAGGACUGAGGAAGCUGAUGCCCUCAGAACACAUAUGAAGCCUGCAGACUUCAAGGAUGAGGGGGAUGCAGUCCUCCUGAAGGACGUCCAACAGGUGGAAACACUAGACUUUCCUCAACUACAGAAGGAACCGUUAGAAAGACCAUCUCUGCAGGACCAGAAAGGGGACAAUGACCGAUGUUCCAGCUCGGCUGAGGGUCAGAUCCCUGAGCCUGAAUCACCAUGGCUCAGAUACAAAGAGGAGAUGGUGUGGCCGUCUGUGAGGGAAAGGGUUGCCUUGCUGCGUCAGGAAGAGCAGCUAAAGGACCUGCCAAAAAACCACAAAGACAGGACAACCUCAGACAGGACAACCUCAGACAGGACAACCUCAGACAUGGAUCUGGACCUUGUUAAGGUCUCCAAAGAGGAGAUGGUGUGGCCGUCUGUGAGGGAAAGGGUUGCCUUGCUGGGUCAGGAAGAGCAGCUAAUGGACCUGCCAAAAAAACGCAAAGACAGGACAACCUCAGACAGGACAACCUCAGAAAGGACACACUCAGACAUGACAACCUCAGAUAGGACAACCUCAGAAAGGACACACUCAGAAAGGACACACUCAGACAGGACAACCUCAGAUAGGACAACCUCAUACAGGACAACCUCAGACAGGACACACUCAGACAUGACACACUCAGAAAGGACACACUCAGACAGGACUACCUCAGACAGGACAACCUCAGACAGGACAACCUCAGACAUGGAUCUGGACCUUGUUAAGGUCUCCAAAGAGGAGAUGGUGUGGCCGUCUGUGAGGGAAAGGGUUGCCUUGCUGGGUCAGGAAGAGCAGCUAAUGGACCUGCCAAAAAAACGCAAAGACAGGAAAACCUCAUACAGGACAACCUCAGACAGGACAACCUCAGACAGGACAACCUCAGACAGGACAACCUCAGACAGGACAACCUCAGACAGGACAACCUCAGACAGGACAACCUCAGACAUGGAUCUGGACCUUGUUAAGGUCUCCAAAGAGGAGAUGGUGUGGCCGUCUGUGAGGGAAAGGGUUGCCUUGCUGGGUCAGGAAGAGCAGCUAAUGGACCUGCCAAAAAAACGCAAAGACAGGAAAACCUCAUACAGGACAACCUCAGACAGGACACACUCAGACAGGACACACUCAGAAAGGACACACUCAGAAAGGACACACUCAGACAGGACUACCUCAGACAGGACAACCUCAUACAGGACAACCUCAGACAGGACACACUCAGACAUGACACACUCAGAAAGGACACACUCAGACAGGACUACCUCAGACAGGACAACCUCAUACAGGACAACCUCAGACAGGACAACCUCAGAUAGGACAACCUCAGACAUGGAUCUGGACCUUGUUAAGGUCUCCAAAGAGGAGAUGGUGUGGCCGUCUGUGAGGGAAAGGGUUGCCUUGCUGGGUCAGGAAGAGCAGCUAAUGGACCUGCCAAAAAAACGCAAAGACAGGAAAACCUCAUACAGGACAACCUCAGACAGGACACACUCAGACAGGACAACCUCAGACAGGACAACCUCAGACAGGACAACCUCAGAUAGGACAACCUCAGACAUGGAUCUGGACCUUGUUAAGGUUUCCAGCGAGCUGGAGACAGCAGAGGUGGCUGUCACUGAAAUAAGCCGACCCAUGGAAGCCGUUGACGUCAGAAAGGAGAAGCAAACAGAGACAAACGAAGAUCCAGACCAGCCAAGAGUCAAACAGGUUUUGCUGUCUCUCGUUCCCGAGGACCUGCAGAAUCCGGCAUGCACGUGGGAGCAGGACAGAACUAUUCUCCUUGGAGAAAUCUCCAGACUGCGUGCUGGACUGGACCAGGCACACAUGGCACUGGAGAACCAGAAGCAUCAGCCCAGUCUCAAGGCGGAGGUGAUCCCUGACGCCAACAAGGACCACCACCAGUGUGAGGACAAGAACUCCCGUCUCCUGGCCGAGGCCAUGGAGGAGAUCUCAACCAUUACAGCUGCCCUGAACGAGACCCGGGAGGACCUGAAGACACAGAAGCAGGAGUGGGAGAAGGUAACAUCGAAUCUUCUCUCUGAACAAGAGGAAACCUGCAGGUUGAAGGCUGCCCUGACGCAAGUCCAGGAGGACCUCAAGACACAGAAGGACAAGUCUAGCCUCCUAGAAGAGACCACAUCCAAAACAAAGACUGCCCUGACCCAAGCCCAGGAGGACCUCAAGACACAGAAGGACAAGUCUAGCCUCCUAGAAGAGACCACAUCCAAAACAAAGACUGCCCUGACCCAAGCCAGAGAGGAGCUAGAGACCAAGGAGAGCCAGUGGGAUGCUGCCAAGUUCAAGCUGGUUUGUGAGCAUGUUAAAGAAAGAGAAAGUUUGCAGACUGCACAGAAACAGGCAGAAGAGGACCUUAGACGCCAGUGGGAGAUGGACAGAUGCUGUCUCCUGGCAGAGCACCAAGAAGAGACCAUCAGGAUGCAGGAUGCCCUGAAGCAGGCCAAAGAGGAUCUGCAAACACACCAGGCCGAGUGGCAGCAGGAGAAGGCCUCUCUCAUGGAGUCUUUAACCGCCAUCAAUAAGUCACUGAAGGAACAACAAGAAGACAGAGCCAAGACUACCAACAGUUUCAUGGACAGACUGAGGAGCCUAGAAACUCAGCUAGAGGAGGCUAGCAGACCACCCAAGAAGUCUUUCAAGAAAAGGUUCCUGCAGUUCUUUAGAAGAGAUGCAAGGACUCCCUCUCAGACCUCGGACACCCUCAGCCAAGACCCUUCAACUUCUCAAUCUUCCUCUCACUCCCAUCAACCCCAACAAGUCCAGUCCUCACUCUACCCCUAAACCCCAUACCCCCCCAUA